UAUACAACUUACCAUCAAGCAAGGUUUUUUCCUGAGUUUCGGAAUUAAUUCGUAAACGUUUACAGAAAAAACAUGAUGAUACUCUUUCUCAACAUGUUCGCGAUUGUGUCUCAAGUGAGUGGACAGAGUUUGAAUGAAGUUUGCGACGUGACCGCCUGCGAACUGAGGGACAGACUCGCUCAAACAAGCGAUUUCAACUCCGAAUUCGUCCUGUCGCAGUUGGCAAAGCUUGGAAAACGAUUACGCUCACUCGAACAAACAGGUUGGAAAAUAUCGUCCGGCUACGAAAGAUGGUCGCUUUGCGAGAGAGGUCCUUGCAAAUGUUCUCCAGAAACGAAAACCAUCAAUUGCUGGAGGCAGGGGCUGAAGGGCCUGCCCAGGAACCAGAUCGUGCCGGUCGACGUCAAGAAAAUCGAUUUGGGCUUCAACAAAGUUUCUUCCCUCAACAAAGAAACUUUCAUGGGCCUAUCACAAAUAACUGAGCUAGACAUGACGGCUAAUGAAAUCGAUCAUCUACCUCCAAUGAUUUUCGAGACGGUCGAUAGUCUUCAACAUUUGAGGCUGAGUGAAAACAGGCUCGAAGAGAUCGACGACGGUUUGUUCGAACAUGCUCACGCUUUAGAGACUCUAGAUCUAAGCAGGAAUAUGCUGGAAAGGGUGGCCGCAAGGCUUCUGAGGAACAGCCGCAAACUGUUGGCAGUUAACCUCAGCAGCAACAGAAUCCGCAACAUCUCGUCGGAUUUCUUCAAAGGUCUGAACCGGCUAGAAGAAAUCAACCUGUCCACAAACAACAUAAAGAUUUUACACGUUCACACCUUUAGAAAACUCACGAGACUCAGGGAACUAAAUCUGUACGAAAAUCUGAUAAACUAUCUGCCACCAGGGAUGUUCGACGAUCAAAGUUCACUGGAACUGCUGAAUUUGAGGAAGAACAGGCUGACUUUUAUUAAGGCCGGGCUGUUCGAUAAUCUGCCCAGGCUUUUAUUCCUGGAUCUCACGGCUAAUUGGAUAUCCAAGCUCAACGGUUUGGAGUUCAGAAAAUUGAAGUCGGUCUCGGAGCUGCACCUGGGGCAGAACUCCCUCGGCGGAAUCCCGGACGGGGAAUUCGCGUCCAUGGGAACUCUCGUGAGACUUUUUCUUCUCAACAACAACAUCCUCGACUUGUCAAACCGAACCCUGAAAGGCCUCAGCUCUCUAAAGACGCUCAUGAUAAAUAAUAACGAACUGAAACGUAUCGACUCGGCGGCAUUCGCAGAGCUGAUAAAUCUGGAAGAACUACAGCUGGACGGAAAUAAACUGACGACUGUGCCAGACGGAAGCCUCGAUUUCCUGAAAAACCUUUCGGGCAUUAAACUCACAAAGAACCCUUGGUACUGCGAUUGCUCCAUUCUGUACUUGUCGAGGUGGGUGAAGGAAAACGACGAUAAAGUGUGGCCUGUGGAGCCCCGCUGUUUGGGCCCGGGUGAACUAAGCGGCCGUCAGCUCCAUAAGGCAACCCAAGAAGAGCUCUGCGAUCGCUCUUACCCUCACGAAAAAGUCGAGACUAAUUCGAUAAACAUCAACUCGAAAAAUUGACCACUUCAGAGGAGAAAUGCGUUUUUGAUACCGGUCGUUCAAUAAUUCAAAAGGACGUUGUUCAAGCAACAAGGAAACACGAAGAGUUUUUUUACAAGGCCUUCGGCCGCAUGUGAAAGGACGGGAUAGCCUAGUACUCCACCUCGGCGUGUAAAUAAAUGAGAGGCGUCGUUUGGAUACAGGCCAUUAUUCAUGUCGGACCGCUUCCUAAACCCACACGUCCUCCUCUGAGGAAACUCCUUUUGCCUCCAACACACGUAAUCGACGCAUUAAGUCUUAAUUAGUCGUCUAAUUUAAUCAAGUUGCGAAUGGUAUCAGUUACGCAAGGCAAUGGCCCUUACGACAAUAAUAACGUGACCUCACAACGCCCGCUAUUUAACAACUUGUAAAUGUAAUUAUUGCCUACGAUGAAAAGGCCCUCGAUCAAAUUUUCCUAGUUUAUCAAUCCGUUUCUCUUUCUUGUUUGUUUUUUUACAAACUUGUUAAUGAUCAAAUGGAUUUUAAUUGGGGCAAACCUGUUAGGACGUAAUUGCCCGAGUUUCGUCGCUUCGUCGAGAACGAGGUUCGCCUAAAGACCUCACUGCAUUUAUGAUUUUAAGCUUUAUUUAUUUGGGUCAAUUUCAUAGAAGGAAUAAAAGAAAAGUCGCCUUGGAUCCUGGCUGGAAUUAUUCAUUGAUCCGAUCUACGAAUUUGUGAUAUCAGAGACUGUAAACAAUACAGCAAUACAACCAAUCUUCCCUGAUCGGCCCAAGGACCCCAAACUACCCAGACAAAAUCUUAUAUUUUUAAGAACGUAAAAUCACUUUAUUGGAUUUAUUCAUUUAUACAUUCUUUAUUAUAGAACUAUAUAACAAGCACUUAAAACGCAAUAUAUGCAAUACAAUUUAA